AUGCCCCAAUUGUACUUUCAAUGGUUCUUUUUCGUUGAUUUUAAAGCUCGUAGAUGUGAAGGACACCAAAUGAGUUCAAGCGAGGUAUGGCACGAAGAGAGAAAGAUGGGAGGUGAGGAUGUGAGGAGGACAAGGAGAGCCGCGGCCGGCGCCCGGAAGGCACAGUUCUCGUCACCAGACCACACUACCAAGCGGCAUCGAUCACAACAACGCCCCACUCACUAUAUAGAU